AUGACCGACGAGACGUCUGCCGUCAUCGCGGACGGCGGGGGGUUAGGUUACGGCACCUUAUCCGACCCCGGACAUACCCAGGCCCACCGCGGACGGCCCGCCGGAGAGAUCCCUACCAGCGAAGACUUGAGCGGCGGUGACGACCAGCUUUGGCUCCUCGACGACCGUGGCAAGGCCGGCGUCCAGGGCAUCGAGGCGACGACGACGGUGUGGACGAGGACGUCUCUUCUGUCGGCCUACGCCGUGAUCUGGCUCGUCUUCUUCGUCAACACGAUGCAAAACGGCGCCACGAGCAGCCUCAUGCCCUGGGUCACGUCGUCGUUUCGCAAGCACUCGCUGACGCCGACCGUCCACCUCAUGAGUCAGAUCGUCGGCGGCCUCUUCAAGCUCUCUCUCGCCAGGAUCCUCGACGUCUUUGGUCGGCCUCAGGGUUACCUCCUGUCCAUCUUGCUCACGACGGUCGGGCUCGCCGUCAUGGCCGUCUGCCGGAACAUCGAAACCUACACCGCCGCCCAGGUCCUGUACACCAUUGGCUUCGGCGGCCUCGACUAUUGCUUGAGCAUCUUCCUCGCCGACACGUCGUCGCUUCAGAACCGAGCCCUCGUCUUCGCCUUCUCCAGCUCGCCCUAUAUCAUCACCACCUGGCUGUCCGGACCCCUAUCCGAGGCAUUUCUCCACGGCCCUGGCUUCCGCUGGGCGUUUGCCACCUUUGCGAUGCUGACGACCGUCGUUAGCCUGCCUCUGUACGCCCUCUUCAUGCACAACUACCGCAAGGCGCAGCGCCGCGGCCUCGUCGCCAGCGGUAAGAGCGAUCGCACGAUGCUGCAGUCGCUUGUCCAUCACGGUCGUGAGUUCGACGUCGUCGGAAUGCUCCUCAUCUGCGCCGGUCUCACCUGCGUCCUCCUGCCCUUGAAUCUCUACUCGCGCCAAGAUCUCGGCUGGCAUUCCCCCCUCGUCCUCCUCUCGCUCGCCCUCGGCAUCCUCCUCGUCGGCUUCUUCGUCGUCUGGGAGUCGUCGUAUGCGCCCGUUCGAUUUGUUCCCUACCGUCUGCUCAUGGACCGCACCGUCUUCGGCGCCUGCGUCCUGGCCUGCGUCACCUUUGUCAGCUUCUACACCUGGGAUGCCUACUUUCCCUCCUUCCUGCAGGUCGUCAACGGCCUGUCCGUGACCCAGGCCAGCUACGUUUCGCAAAUUUACAGCAUCGGCUCCUGCUUCUGGGCGCUUCUGGUCGGAAUCGCCAUUCGCAGGACGGGCCGCUUCAAGUGGUUGGCCCUCUACUUUGGCGUGCCGCUGCUCAUGGUCGGCGUCGGCCUGAUGAUCUGCUUCCGUCAGCCCAACGUCCACGUCGGCUACCUCGUCAUGUGCCAGAUUUUCAUCGCCAUUGCUGGCGGCACCAUUGUCGUUUGCGAGCAGACGGCCGUCAUGGCGGCCACGUCGCAUGAGCACGUUGCCAUCGUACUGGCCAUCGAGGGCGUCUUCGCCUCCAUCGGCGCCGCCAUCGGCCUCACCGCCGCCGCCGCCAUCUGGCAGUCCGUCUUUCCGAGAAAGCUUCGGGAGUAUCUACCCGAAUCGGAGCUGAAGCACCUCGACGAGAUUUACGGACGUCUCGACGUCCAGCUGUCGUAUCCCUUGGGUUCGCCCGCACGCAUCGCCAUCCAGAGAGCGUACGGCGAUGGGCAGAAGACGAUGCUUCUCAGCGGCACCACCGUGCUGGUCGUCGCCCUCGUCGCAACGGCCAUGUGGCGCGAUAUCAAUGUCAAGAACAUGAAGCAAGUAAGGGGCAACGUGAUGUGA